AGAAGGCUCUCAUAGAAGAUAAAUAUAAGAGCUUGUCUCUCAGAAGAGUGACAUCCACAGUGGCUCCUCUGCCUUCUGUUUCCUCCUGCAUACAGAUUAGUUCAAGCCUGCUCUACCCACAUGCUGGUUUGUCAGUGGAAGAGAAGAGGGAAUUCUCCACUGUGUUACCCUGCCCAGGAAUGAAAUUUUUCACAAGCUGUCAGGUAGUGCCUACCCCACUACGAAGGAAUUUCCUAAAUGAAUUUGCAAUUGAGGAGGAAAUUUGUUCCUAAAUGACAGACACUUCCCAAAGAGAUAUUCCAGUUUGAAGUGUAGCAAGCCUACACCUUGGUAUCUGCAAGCAGCUUGGCAAUGCAAUGGAAGGGAGGCUUCCAAUGGAAGAUGAACAGUGACUUUGCAGUGACUCUCAGGCUAGCAUUCACAAGCAGAGAUGGACUUAAAACAGGCAGAAAUAUAAAAGGAAUACUUUGGAAGUGUGAUCAUAACACUCUUGGAUGUCAGCUGGAGCAAAGUUCACUCCAAACUUCUCCUCAGCCCAAAGCUGGCUGAUGACUAUUGCAUGGUAUUGACCAAGAGCAAGCAAUGAGACAGGCAUGGUCUUUCAUAAAUUGUGGUGAUUUCUUUUGGUAUUUGAGAGUGCCAUAAGUUACGGGGUAUUUAAGAUUAUCGUGGGAUGAAACCUGCCUUGCAGGGAAGGGAGUGUUUCUUACUUGGAAAACAAAACAAAACAAGUAAAAUACAAACCAACAAACCAAACCAAAACAUGACUUUCAUAGUUACAUCCCAGGGCAGCUGCUAUCUUACUCUGCUUACUGUCUGCACAGGAAUUGGCCGUGACUACCUGGGGCCAGUGGGGCCAGCAGCUGUGCCUGUGAGUACCAUGGAUCCAUCUUUACGAACAGUGUUCAAGACUGACAACCUUGCUGAAGUUAAUCAGAAUCACAGAAUCGUAGGGGUUGGAAGGGACCUCUGGAGAUCAUCAAGUCCAACCCCCUGCUAAAGCAGGUUCCCUACGAGGAUGGCGAGAGACCCUUGGAGGGGACAAUGGAAGCUAAGUGCAUCACAAAAGGCCAACCCCAAUGUGAGUCCUGCGCUCAUAAGUCUUCAGUUGCUUUGUUUUCGUCAGACGUGCUCUAACUUGAAAUGAUGAAACCUUUGAAAGAUUUUUGGAGGCUUUCUGCUCUGUGCUUGUAACAGUCUCAUUUGGGAGUGCUGCCCAUGCUUUCAUGCUCUCUCCUCUCAUUGAUUUCAUAGAAGCAUUGUUUGAGUUGGAAGGGACCUCCAAAGGUCAUCCAGUCCAACUGUCCUGCAAUGAACAGCUCCUUCAGGUGCUCAGAGUCCCGUCCAGCCUGACCUUGGAGGUCUCCAGGGGCCGGGCAUCACUGUGAAUGCUGCUGUCAGGACACCGAGGAAAGGUCCCGAGCAGCCGCUCUGGUUUCAGGGAUGCCCAGUUCAAGCCCAGGCUCUGUCAGAGGUGCAGGCAGACGUGUGACAUCGCCUCAGUGCCCUUCCUGUAGAGCGGGGAUGACGGUGUUUGCUCACAACCGCGGGCUCUCCAGAGGCAGCGGUCUCCUCGUGCACGCACGGUGCUCUGGUUCCAGCACAGCCACUAGGCGUUCGCUGCAAUUCUGCAGUCAUAGUGACGAUUUAAAGCCAUGGCAGAGGGAUGAAAGGUUCGGGGACAGGCGGGUGGGGCCGGGCACCGCUCACCGAGCAGAUCGUUGGGAGCAGCGCGGCAGAGAGGAACCCGAACCCCCCGGUUAUGAUGCUUUGAGCUUUUCUGUGGAAAACGAUGGCAAGUGGAGCGGGAGACAGCUACUGCAAGCAAAUGAGGACAACAUGACGGAAGUCCCAGGGGACGGUGGGAAGCUGUAUGUCAGAAAUUGCACUGAACCAGCUCUCCAUGAAUUCCCCAAUGACAUCUUCACGAAUGAGGACAGGAGGCAUGGAGCUGUCAUCCUGCAUGUCAUUUGUGCCAUGUAUAUGUUUUAUGCUUUGGCAAUUGUCUGCGAUGAUUUCUUUGUCCCUUCGUUGGAAAAGAUUUGUGAACGCUUGCAUCUUAGCGAAGAUGUGGCUGGGGCUACUUUCAUGGCAGCUGGAAGUUCUGCUCCUGAGUUGUUUACAUCUGUCAUAGGUGUUUUUAUCACAAAAGGAGACGUAGGCGUUGGAACCAUCGUAGGCUCUGCUGUAUUUAACAUUCUCUGUAUUAUUGGUGUGUGUGGGCUUUUUGCAGGACAGGUUGUAGCAUUGUCAUCGUGGAGUCUCUUGAGAGAUUCAAUCUACUAUACACUGUCUGUUGUUGCACUCAUUGUGUUUAUUUAUGAUGAAAAGGUUUCCUGGUGGGAGUCCUUGGUCUUGGUGCUGAUGUAUGCCAUUUACAUCGUUAUCAUGAAGUACAAUUCUACUAUACAACACUGCUUGGAAAGGAAAACAAAAAAUGCUGCAAACAUGGUGAAUGGAUUAGCAAAUAACACGGAAAUGGACGAUAACAGCAACUGCGAUGCCACAGUGGUGUUACUAAAGAAAGGUAACUGUUCCAGGAAUUUCCACCGUAAAGCCUCGGUGAUCAUGGUGGAUGAGCUGCUGUCUGCUUACCCACACCAGCUUUCAUUUUCUGAGGCUGGACUACGGAUCAUGAUAACCAGCCACUUUCCUCCCAAAACACGUCUCUCCAUGGCCAGCCGCAUGCUAAUCAAUGAGAGACAAAGACUGAUCAACAGCAGGACUUACACCAAUGGUGAAUCAGAAGUAGCGAUCAAAAUACCUAUCAAGCAUGUUGUGGAGAAUGGAACAGGUCCAAGCAACUCAUCUGAGCGGGGCGUGAAUGGCACACGGCGAGACGAGGACGUGGCUGAGGCUGGCAAUGAGACAGAGAAUGAGAAUGAGGAUAAUGAGAACAAUGAAAAUGAUGAGGAAGAGGAAGAAGAUGAUGAUGAUGAUGACCAUGAAGGGCCAUACACACCUUUUGAUCUACCCACUGGCAGAAUGGAAAUAUUGAAGUGGCUCUUCACAUGGCCAUUGAGUUUUGUCCUGUAUUUCACAGUGCCCAACUGUAACAAACCCCACUUGGAAAAAUGGUUCAUGGUAACCUUUGCUUCUUCUACCCUCUGGAUUGCAGCUUUCUCCUACAUGAUGGUGUGGAUGGUGACAAUCAUUGGCUACACACUGGGAAUUCCAGACGUGAUAAUGGGCAUCACUUUUUUGGCAGCGGGAACCAGUGUGCCAGACUGCAUGGCGAGCCUUAUCGUAGCAAGGCAAGGUAUGGGGGAUAUGGCUGUGUCCAACUCCAUUGGAAGCAAUGUUUUUGAUAUUUUAAUUGGCCUAGGCCUCCCGUGGGCUUUGCAGACCCUAGCAGUGAAUUAUGGAUCAUAUAUUCGGUUAAACAGCAGAGGACUUAUCUAUUCUGUUGGUCUCUUGCUGGCAUCUGUUUUUGUCACAGUUUUCGGCGUCCACAUGAACAAAUGGAAACUGGAUAAGAAGCUAGGGUGUGUGUGCCUUUCCCUUUAUGGCAUCUUCCUGUGUUUCUCCAUCAUGACAGAAUUCAAUGUUUUCACUUUUGUGAACUUGCCGAUGUGCAGAGAUCACUAAUGCACGUUGCAGACUGUCAGGAGGAACGUUCUUCUUACCUGUGCAAUACAAACCACGGCUGGCAUCUCCUGAAUGCGGUGCACCUCCAAGUCGUGAAGUAUAUCCUGUCCAUAGGACCUCUGGCCCCAUCUUGGUUUACCCUCUCCCUGACCCCCACAACCUGGAAAAAUCCUGCAUCGAUGUGAAGAUUAAUUUUUUUUCAACAUUCAUGUGAUUUCUUAGCUCAGAUUUUGAACAGUGACUGGUCUCUAGAUGAACUGGCUGCUAACUGGCGUCAAGCCAGGCAAAACUGGUCUGCUACAAUUCCUUUUUUAAGUUAUUUGAUGGAAGACUAAUCUAAUUUAUGACUUAAGACUAUUGCUACAAUGCAGAAGAGGGUACUUCAUACAGGGGCUGAUUUUCAAGGAGAAUUCUAGGAUUGUUUUGGUUGUGCUUUUUUGUUGUUGUUUGUUUUGGUUGUGGUUUUUUACUGCCUGAGAUCAACAUCAUCUGUUGCAGCUUCUCCUUCUGAGUUCUGGGUCUCCUGUAACGAUCCAAAAGUCACAGGGCAGUGUAAUACGGGAAUUUAAUUCAAGGUACUCCGCAAUAUGAGUGGAUUUACUGCUUAUUAAAAGAAGACUGUCAAGGCAACAGACUGUGACUGCACCAUAAAUAAUGAAUCCUGUACAGGUGUGAUGAGGAAUGGAAGAUAAACAUAGAUUUAAAGGAUAAACACUGCUACUGCUUUACUGUUAAUGUUGGUGUUUUAUUAAUAGGGUGUUUAUGGUAUUUCCAAGCAAUAGUUUGAUUGCCAGCCCAGGAGGGCUACCGAGGAGAUGUCCUGUUUUUCAGUCAUCUACACCUGGAAACAGAAGGUCAGAACUUUAUUUGCUUCAUCAGAUUUCUUGUAGUUUUGGGGGGAUUCUAUAGUUCACGUCUUAUUUGUUCUGAGGACAUAAGUACGUGUCAAAACUUUUCUAAAUGAGUUACAGACACUGGUUUCUUUAAAAGGAAAGAGGCAUAUUUUGCACAGACAUAGUUACUGAAGUCAUUGUUUGCCACUCUUUAAAGAAUACACUGGACCUGGCCAGAUAUUUGUCUUUUUCUUAAACAGUUGAACUUCGCUGAUAAUAGAUCAUGUGGAUUCAUCACACCUCCUUCAGGAGGGAAGAAGAUGGAGAGAGAGAUGGCGCUUCUAAAAUGUGUAAUAUCUACAAUGCAGACUCGCUCACAGAUCUUAAGUUAUUGUGAAAAUUUAGCUAUUCAUUGUUCCAGUAUUCUUGCUAGAUUUUGUAUAAUUCUGUAUUAAUACACAGGCAGAUUCGACCCCAUCAGGAACACUAUCACAGCUACAUUUGUUUGUAUUGAUACUGUGGAUUCUCGCCAGCACUGGCUAUUGUAUUUACUUUAAGCACUGAUCAUUUCUGAUUCAUUUUUUUCCCCUUUCUUGUAUAUGUUCUACUGCAAGUGUGUUAAUAUAAUACCAACUAGA